AUGAGACCAAAAAAUAAACUCAACGGCUUCCUUUGCACAACGAAUAUCACUAGCUUUACAGAUCGACUACCGAUCCCGUUAAAAGCAUGGGGUGUAGUACGCAAUCGCUUUACAGGCGAAAGCAAGGGCCACACCGGCUACCAGCGCAGCGGUGAUGCGACAGUCCCGUAUGUGAGUCUCAGCUGGGCCAACCUGUGGCAUCACAACACCAGCAAGAUCGAGCAGCAGACCGUCGCCGCGCGAGUGAUUGAGUUCUAUGACCAUCCCAUUGGCAAGUGGGGCGAACGGACCGUGUUUUCGCUCAUGAAUGUCAACGAGCCAGAGUACCAGAUCUACUACUCCAAACACAAGAACGGAGACGACGGAGACAUCCACUUCACGUCUGUGUAUGAGAUUAAGGGCGGCGAAUGCCAGCAUAGAAAUAUAGUCAAGGACCCGUUUAUUCAUAAGCUGAUCGGACAAACGUUAUUAGAUGAUUUAAAGAUGGAUUACGAAACACCCAACUUGGAAGACGACACCAAAGCAGCGAAUCGUAAGAUAUCAGACAUGAGGCUCCGGCAUGAUGCGGAUGGUAUGGAUGAUGAUAUGGGCAUGUCUCUAGAGGAGUAGCUACGACAAUCGAGCUGCCCGACCGACUAAAAAUAGUACAGAGCCGUCUAAGAAUAGAUUAGAGUAGUUAAGUAUAGCAGACAGCCGCGUUCUGAUAGCGCAUAACUGUCUGACACCUAUCUCCAGAACCGGCUUCCACGCCGGAUACGGAUUAUCUGGAAUAGUGUGCAGUACUGCUUAUGCCUGUGAAUUUGGAUUAUGUACAUACUAUCCUUCUAAGCAAAGCAGUUGUGUGCAUCUGUGCCUGUGUCAAACCUGUAGGGGAUGAUGCCGAUGGCGCGCUUCUAACUUUGAUCAGUUCACUGAGAACCACAAAGUAUGUCUAUUCACGACAUUUCCUCAAGUAUAUGUCUACAUUUCCACAAGUACGUCUUUCAGAACAUCUCCUCGAGUAUGUCUAUUCACGACAUUUUCUCAAGUACGUCUAUUCAGGACGUGUUCCUCUCAAUUGAUUGUGGGCCAUAUUGGGCGCCUGUGGGAUUUCCUGUGGGGCGCCAAUCGCAAGCAACGCAGACUACGAACACUGUUAGUUGCAGCAACUAGAAACACCCCAUACUGGUGAGAAACACUACCGUUGUAGUUUCUCUCUACGCUACACCUGCCGAACUGCAAAGCACAAUUGCCUGUGCCAGAGAUCUGGGGCCUGAGACUCUACAUUUUAUGUUGAUAUGGAAUAUGUACUUGCAUCUGCUUUGAUCACUACCUACACCUUCACAUGCGACCAUACACAUGCGCACCCGAUGCUGACUACAACAGCACCGCCACUUUCUUACAUUAUUUUAAAUACGCACCAAUAAAAUCACUUCACCU